CGUUAUCGGCGGCGGACACAGCUGGCACCAUGGAUCUGAGAGAUUCUCUGGUUAAGGGAGGCAUGCUGAUCGUCCACCGGGUCCAAGAAGGAAAGCAUCAGUAUGAAGUGAAAAACGUGAUGAAGUACAAAAAAGCGAGUAGUGUGAAAGCGUUUGCCAGGAGAGGAGACAAACUGAUGCAGGUAAACGGCAUAGACCUGCAGCAUCUCACACCUGAGGAGCUGGCAGAAAUGCUAGCGGAGGGUAAUCCAAUGCUGACGGUGCACAAGGCCAACAGGGUGAAAUGGCACCCUGAGGAGUCCUCCCCACCUGAGGACACUUUACAUCCCGUCUCCAAGGAGUCCACAGAGCUCAGUUUCAGCAUGGAGAUGAGGAGGGAGGAAGACUUGGAGGAGGGGCGGGACGGGGAGGGAAGGGAGGAUGCGGUUGUUGAGGAGGAUGUUUGCAAAGCCGAAAAUGAGGAGAAUGGGGAGGGGGGCGGUCUGCUUAUUGUUUCCAUGACGAAAACCAGCAUCUCCGUGGUGAGAGGGAGGGGCUGCAACGAUGGGAGCCCCUGUCAGGGAUGUCACGGGACAGGAUGCACCUUGAAUGAUGUGGUGGUGGUGUCAGAAUCCAGCACGGUGACACUAGUUCCAAGAGGAGGUGGGACUUUCAGACAGGAGAAGCUGUUCAACGCUGCAAUUGAACAUGUGCCCACUCACCAAUACCUCAGAGGUCUCUGUUCCCAAAGGACCCUCUAUGUUUCACCAAAUCCAGAGAAGAUCACCAUCUACUCCUACAAGUCAAACACUGUGGACAGGAUUUUCAGAGGAAUGCCAGUGGUCCUGAACUUGACCGAGUCCAACUGCUUCCUCAGGUGCUGCAAGGAAGGAGAGAAGGUGUUCCUGCAAGUGGAGACAUGCGAAAAGCAGAGGCUGAAGCAGAUCUCCAAGAGCGAUGAGAGCACCCUCUCUUACGUCUUCUACAUGAAGUCUGACCGGUCAAAACAGCGGAAGUUUGAGUCGGCGCUCCAUCUUGGCUGGUUCAUCCAAAUCGUCAACAGGGACUUCGUGGAAAUGGGGACCUUAGACGGGGGGAGGGAAGAGCAAUCGUUCUUCUUCAUUAUUCAGAAGUGAUGGAGAAUCACUUUCCUCAGACCUACUCGCAGUUCUCAGUCAAGUCAGUUUUGAAAUUCUCAUGUGAGUUUUAUUUGGGACUUGAAGAUGAUGUUAAACAAAAGAAAAACAUGAGAGGAGCUCGUUUGUUUGAGCCACCUGGUCCAGUGACAGAAACAGUGUCACUGCGUCAAAUUCUGCUAUUGCAGAAGUGCGUAGAUAUGUAUCAUACAACUAUAUAUACAGUAGUUAAAAAAAUGUUAUGUGUGUGUGUGUGUGUGUGUGUGUGUGUGUGUGUGUGUGUGUGUGGACCAGACUUAGAUAUGUGAUGUCAUUUUUGGUUAUCAGUUUUGUUGUUUAAAGUGACCUUUCAAUCUGAUACAUAAAGAUUGAUACACACAUGCAAGCAUUAAUAUUUUGUGUUCAAGGUGCGACAUUCAUAAAAAAAUCUAAAUUUAUAAGUAUAUAAAACAAGGUGAUGUGAUAAUAACUUUAUUUAUUUAACACUUUCUAAUGUACAGUACAUUAAUAAGAGAUUUUGUGAGUAAAAUUGCAUAUGGUCUAAACUAUAAACACAAGUUCAAUGUAUUAACACAAGAACAAGUUCUUAAUGACUGGUUUGUUGGUAUGAACAAAUGAAUAUUUUCUUUUGCAUUAUUCCAUUUUCUUAUGCAACUGUCUGCCAGAUAUGAAUUAACAACAUUUAAUUAGAUGUUUUAAAACAAGUGGAAGUAUCAAAUAGUGUUAUAAAAAUGUCUGACCAUCAAAGCCUUGCACACAAUAUUAAAUAUUAAAAAGUUAUACAGAAAAACACAAUUGUUGUUCUCUAGAUCUACUAUCCUGAAUUUGAGCAGCAUGACACUUAAUAAUGCUUGAAACUAAUACAAUUAAAUCAAAUUGUCAGGUGUUAUUGAAAUACUCUAUAUAUGUUUUGAUUGUACUCAAAAGUGUACUAUGAUUUCUGUACUUUAACUGUGCUAUGUCUGACUAUUGUGUGCUGAGUGUAUUAAUGAUAUUUAAGUAGCACAACUUAACUUCAGUUAUAAUAAUUGUAUUUAAAUACACUUUUUGAAUUAGACUUACUUGAAAUGGAACUUAA